AUGACCUCAGCUCCUGUAUAUGAGAGUGUUUUACUGCCCCGCUUCCACACCAAGACCUCCUCCUCUUCAUCCCCCUCCUCCUCCUGCUCCUCCUCCUCAGGGCCUCCUCAUCCCGACGUCUCUAUCUCCUCCUCCCUGCCCAGGAGCACCUCCUUCUUCUCUAGUCUGAAGAGAAGGAGCAGGAAGAGAGACCCUAGCCGCCACACCAUUCAGAGAAUAAUGUUUGUAGAGGGGGAGGAGCAGACAGAGGUGGCAUGUCCUGCUGAAGCUGCACCCCAGCCAAUCAUGCUGUACGAAACCCAGACCUGGCCAACGAAGGAGGGCCGAAGGAAGAAGAAGAGCCAAUUAAAGGCUGAGGGGGUGGGGCCAGGGCAGGGGGUGAAGCUCAUGGACUACAUGGAUAAUCCAUUGGCCAGGGAUAUUGAUGAUGAAUGUUCUGGGGUCUACACUGUCAGCCCCUAUGCAGUGACAGAGGCAGUCUCUCUAGCUCCACCUACUAGCCAGGUGAGGAGCCACUGCAGGUUCCUGUCACUGGGGUCUGUUUUGACCUUCGACCUCCCCAAAGACAUGAGGCUGGUCCCCAGUAUACAGGACAUCAUCACUAUAGGACCCCCAGAACACAGGGGGACCCCCAACCCAGAGACACACACAGCCCUCAGCUCUUUCAAACAGACCCGCUCGCCCCCCUCUCACCCUUUAGCUGGACCCCCUUCCUCAAAAACACAGACUUGCUCUCCUACCUCCCCUCCCUCAGGCACACACAGAACACCAGACAAUGAGGCCGUCACUACUGACAGACAUGAAACAAUGACACAGACACUGACACAACCACAGAUACAGACACAACCACUACUGACACAACCACAGAUACAGACACAACCACUACUGACACAACCACAGAUACAGACACAACCACUACUGACACAACCACAGAUACAGACACAACCACUACUGACACAACCACAGAUACAGACACAACCACUUACACAGACACCGACACAGAUACUGAAACAGACAAAGCCACUGACACAGGCUAUUCAGCUGGAGCCUCUGUUUAAUCUAGAUAAAGAUUUUCCUCUUCCUCCUCCUCUUGCCCUGGAUGAGGACUGGGAUCAGAACGGACCAAGCGAUGACCUAUCCCUAUCACAGAUCCAGACCAUACCAAGCGAUGACCUAUCCCUAUCACAGAUCCAGACGGAACCAAGCGAAGACCUAUCCCUAUCACAGAUUCAGACCGUACCAAGCGAUGACCUAUCCCUAUCACAGAUCCAGUUCAGUGUCUCUGGGAUCGUCAGUCUACACCAGGAGUCUGAGCAGGAGUGGGCGGAGCUUGUCUCCAGCAAGCAACCACCAAUCACAGCUUAUGUUCCAAAGAGUCCCGUUCCAAAGAAACAAGACCAUUACAAUUACAUGGAAAGGGCCAUGGUUAGUAGAAGUCCCGUUGUAAAGAACAAGUACCCCUGUCCCUCCUCAGCUUAUCAGAACCAGGAGAGCAAAGACCCCUGUCCCUCCUCAGCCUAUCAGAACCAUGAGAGCAAAUACCCCUGUCCCUCCUCAGCCUAUCAGAACCAGGAGAGCAAAGACCCCUGUCCCUCCUCAGCCUAUCAGAACCAGGAGAGCAAAGACCCCUGUCCCUCCUCAGCCUAUCAGAACCAGGAGACCAAAGACCCCUGUCCCUCCUCAGCCUAUCAGAACCAGGAGAGCAAACACCCCUGUCCCUCCUCAGCCUAUCAGAACCAGGAGAGCAAAGACCCCUGUCCCUCCUCAGCCUAUCAGAACCAGGAGAGCAAAGACCCCUGUCCCUCCUCAGCCUAUCAGAACCAUGAGUGUCUCAUUCAGGACCUCAAUGGACACCAGUACCAUCAGAGGUUAAAGACCCAUAGAGAGAGUCUUGACCUCCAGAAGACCAGCCAGGCUUCUCAGAUGGUGGUGAAUCUGAAGACCAGUGGGUCAGGGAGUAUGAGGGAAGACGCUAUAGACUCUGGCAUCUCUGGUGUCUCCAACUCUGGGAGAUUGAAGCUCAAUGCUACUGAUGUUUCCCAAGAGCCCCAGCCCAAGAGGACCGUGAUGGGGAGGCUAGUGUCUCUGGAGGUUGUGUCCAAACCCAGGGCAGACCCCGCAGCAGCUCCAGCUCCUGCCCACCCAGAGAAAGAAACACGACCCAGAAACAAACACCCCGACCACCAGACAGAGACAGACCUCGACUCUGACCCGGUCCACCCUGACCCGGUCCACCCUGACCCGGUCCACCCUGACCCGGUCCACCCUGACCCGGUCCACUCUGACCCGGUCCACCCUGACCCGGUCCACCCUGACCCGGUCCACCCUGACCCGGUCCACCCUGACCCGGUCCACCCUGACCCCAACCUCAUCAUCCAUCCAGACCACCAGCAGUUUGAGGAGUCAGAGGAGGAGCUGGAGGACAUCUGGAACCAUAGCGAUGGCUACAGACAGAGUAUCUCCUCUGACAUCAUGUACCAGCCACACCAGGAGGAGGAGCAAGGGGGAAGUAGCAACACCCCAGGACUGACCACAGACACCCAGAACCAGGCCCAGCCCCAGGCUCCCCCCUACAGAAAGCUGAUAACAGCCUCUGCCCCUAACCUUCUGGUGGCUGAAUUCACACUCCCCUCCUCCUUCCAAACACUACUGGGGUACAACCAGGGCCAGAACCAGGACCAGGGCUUCAGCCGAGAUCCUGACCCCAGAGAAGAGAUCCCUACCCUGGCUAACAGAGACCGGAGGUCCUGGGCAGCCUUCCCUAACCAGGACCAACCCUGGAGGACCACAGCACUGGUCAAUGAGACGGCAGCAGACCCAGUCAAGCUACCGGAGAUAGAGGACCAAAAGAGAUAUAUCUACCAGUAUAGAGAGGAGGAGGAAGAGGAGGAUGAGGAGGAGAAGAUGGAGGACACAUACUGUCCAAAGGUGAGGUCUACUUUUGACAGGCUCACCGACUUUGACCUCUGACCUCUGAGUUGAGUGAGCUUCUGCACUGUUGUCUCUACUCUACUGCAUCUCAGUUGUAUCUCUUAUCACUGUUUCACUCUUUUUAUUUGCAACUGUUAUCCAUUUUCUCUUAUUGUCAGUAACAGACAAAUGCCUCCAUUCAGCAAAUACCUGUAAAUAAGUUCACUAAACUCAGUGUAAAUAAGUUCACUAAACUCAGUGUAAAUAAGUUCACUAAACUCAGUGAUGUCAAUCUUGACCCUGAGUUGACCUCUCCCCUCUCUCCAGGACACAUCAAUGAGCCUGCGAUCUGUCGACAUGGGUCUGGACCGAGCCAAUCAGCGAGCUAGAAGUUGUGGCACUCUGGAGGGCGUCAUGGAGAAGCAGGUAGAGAGUCUGGCCACGGGGGGGGGGGGGGGGUGCUGUGGCACUAUGGUGAGAGACCUGGAGCAGCAGGGACAGAGUCUGGCCACAGGGGAGCGCUGUGGCACUAUGGUGAGAGACAGAGGUGCAGGUACAGCGUCUGGCCACAAGGGGGCGAUGUGGCACUAUGGAGGGUGACCUGGAGGUGCAGGUACAGCGUCUGGCCACAAGGGGGCGAUGUGGCACUAUGGAGGGUGACCUGGAAGAAAAGACAACAGUCACACAGCUAGUUAGUCAGCUAGUUAGUCAGCUAGUUAGUCACCUGUUUGUCAGCUAGUUAGUCAUCUUGUUAGUCAUCUUGUUAGUCAGGUAGUUAGUCAGCUAGUUAGUCACAUGUUUGUCAGCUAGUUAGUCAUCUGGUUAGUCAGGUAGUUAGUAAUCUGGUUAGUCAUCUGGUUAGUCAGCUAGUUAGUCAUCUGGUUAGUCAUCUGGUUAGUCAGCUAGUUAGUCAUCUGGUUAGUCAUCUGGUUAGUCAGCUAGUUAGUCAGCUAGUUAGUCAUCUGGUUAGUCAUCUGGUUAGUCAGCUAGUUAGUCAUCUGGUUAGUCUGCUAGUUAGUCAGGUAGUUAGUCAUCUGGUUAGUCAUCUGGUUAGUCAGCUAGUUAGUCUGCUAGUUAGUCAGCUAGUUAGUCAUCUGGUUAGUCUGCUAGUUAGUCAUCUGUUUGUCAGCUAGUUAGUAAUCUGGUUAGUCAGCUAGUUAGUCAUCUGGUUAGUCAGGUAGUUAGUCAUCUGAUUAGUCUGCUAGUUAGUCAGCUAGUUAGUCAUCUGGUUAGUCAGCUAGUUAGUCUGCUAGUUAGUCAGCUAGUUAGUCAUCUGGUUAGUCUGCUAGUUAGUCAUCUGUUUGUCAGCUAGUUAGUAAUCUGGUUAGUCAGCUAGUUAGUCAUCUGGUUAGUCAGGUAGUUAGUCAUCUGAUUAGUCUGCUAGUUAGUCAGCUAGUUAGUCAUCUGGUUAGUCAGCUAGUUAGUCAUCUGGUUAGUCAGCUAGUUAGUCAUCUGUUUGUCAGCUAGUUAGUAAUCUGGUUAGUCAGCUAGUUAGUCAUCUGGUUAGUCAGGUAGUUAGUCAUCUGAUUAGUCUGCUAGUUAGUCAGCUAGUUAGUCAUCUGGUUAGUAAGCUAGUUAGUCAUCUGGUUAGUCAGCUAGUUAGUCAUCUGGUUAGUCUGCUAGUUAGUCAGCUAGUUAGUCAGCUAGUUAGUCACCUUUUUUUUAGCUAGUUAGUCAUCUGGUUAGUCAGGUAGUUAGUAAUCUGGUUAGUCAUCUGGUUAGUCAGCUAGUUAGUCAUCUGGUUAGUCAGGUAGUUAGUCAUCUGAUUAGUCUCCUAGUUAGUCAGCUAGUUAGUCUGCUAGUUAGUCAGCUAGUUAGUCAUCUGGUUAGUCAGCUAGUUAGUCAUCUGGUUAGUCAGGUAGUUAGUAAUCUGGUUAGUCAGCUAGUUAGUCAUCUGAUUAGUCUGCUAGUUAGUCAGCUAGUUAGUCAUCUGGUUAGUCAUCUGGUUAGUCAGCUAGUUAGUCAUCUGGUUAGUCAGCUAGUUAGUCAGCUAGUUAGUCAUCUGGUUAGUCUGCUAGUUAGUCAGCUAGUUAGUCAUCUGGUUAGGCAGCUAGUUAGUCAGCUAGUUAGUCAUCUGGUUAGUCUGCUAGUUAGUCAGCUAGUUAGUCAUCUGGUUAGUCAUCUGGUUAGUCAGCUAGUUAGUCAUCUUGUUAGUCAGCUAGUUAGUCAUUUGGUUAGUCAGCUAGUUAGUCAGCUAGUUAGUAAUCUGGUUAGUCAGCUAGUUAGUCAGCUAGUUAGUCAUCUGGUUAGUCUGCUAGUUAGUCAGCUAGUUAGUCAUCUGGUUAGUCAGGUAGUUAGUAAUCUAGUUAGUCAUCUGGUUAGUCAGCUAGUUAGUCAUCUGUUUAGUCAGCUAGUUAGUCAUCUGGUUAGUCAGCUAGUUAGUCAUCUGGUUAGUCAGCUAGUUAGUAAUAUGGUUAGUCAGCUAGUUAGUCAUCUGGUUAGUCAGCUAGUUAGUCAUCUGGUUAGUCAGCUAGUUAGUCAGCUAGUUAGUCAGCUAGUUAGUCAUCUGGUUAGUCAGGUAGUUAGUAAUCUGGUUAGUCAUCUGGUUAGUCAGCUAGUUAGUCAUCUGGUUAGUCAGGUAGUUAGUCAUCUGGUUAGUCUGCUAGUUAGUCAGCUAGUUAGUCAUCUGGUUAGUCAGCUAGUUAGUCUGCUAGUUAGUCAGCUAGUUAGUCAUCUGGUUAGUCUGCUAGUUAGUCAGCUAGUUAGUCAUCUGGUUAGUCAGCUAGUUAGUAAUCUGGUUAGUCAGCUAGUUAGUCAGCUAGUUAGUCAUCUGGUUAGUCAGCUAGUUAGUCAUCUGGUUAGUCAGCUAGUUAGUUAUCUGGUUAGUCAGCUAGUUAGUCAUCUGGUUAGUCAGCUAGUUAGUCAGCUAGUUAGUCAUCAGGUCAGUCUGCUAGUUAGUCAGCUAGUUAGUCAUCUGGUUAGUCUGCUAGUUAGUCAGCUAGUUAGUCAUCUGGUUAGUCAGCUAGUUAGUCAGCUAGUUAGUCAUCUGGUUAGUCAGCUAGUUAGUCAUCUGGUUAGUCAGCUAGUUAGUUUUCUGGUUAGUCAGCUAGUUAGUCAUCUGGUUAGUCAGCUAGUUAGUCAUCUGGUUAGUCAGCUAGUUAGUCAUCUGGUUAGUCAGCUAGUUAGUCAGCUAGUUAGUCAUCUGGUUAGUCAGCUAGUUAGUUUUCUGGUUAGUCAGCUAGUUAGUCAUCUGGUUAGUCAGCUAGUUAGUCAUCUGGUUAGUCAGCUAGUUAGUCAUCUGGUUAGUCAGCUAGUUAGUCAUCUGGUUAGUCAGCUAGUUAGUCAUUUGGUUAGUCAGCUAGUUAGUCAUCUGGUUAGUCAUCUGGUUAGUCAGCUAGUUAGUCAUCUGGUUAGUCAGCUAGUUAGUCAUCUGGUUAGUCAGCUAGUUAGUCAUCUGGUUAGUCAGCUAGUUAGUCAUUUAGUUAGUCAUCUGGUUAGUCAGCUAGUUAGUUUUCUGGUUAGUCAGCUAGUUAGUCAUCUGGUUAGUCAGCUAGUUAGUCAUCUGGUUAGUCAGCUAGUUAGUCAUCUGGUUAGUCAGCUAGUUAGUCAUCUGGUUAGUCAGCUAGUUAGUCAUCUGGUUAGUCAGCUAGUUAGUCAUCUGGUUAGUCAGCUAGUUAGUCAGCUAGUUAGUCAUCUUAGUGAAUUUGUGCCUUUUCUAUCAGAUACUGUUAUAGUGAAUAAAGGUGUCAUUUUUGUGUCUGGCUGAUAUUGGGAUGUGUUGCUCUCUUUGGUCUUAUCAUGUAUUUAUUUCAAACAUGUCAUCAGAAUGGGAGUGGGUCUGAGCUGCAGAGGAUGGAGGGAACCCUGGAGCGGAAGCACAAGCUGCAGCUGGGAGGGAAGAAGGUGAGAAGGAAGCAGUACUAUAGAUUCUAUUGCAUUUAUACAACAUUUACACACUAUACAACAUUUACACUAUAUACACAACAUUCACACUCGAUACUACAUUUACAAUAUAUACUACAUUUACACUCUAUACUACAAAAUUUACACUCUAUAAAACAUUUACAAUCUAUAGUACAACAUUUACGCUCUAUCUUACAACAUUUACACUCUAUACUACAACAUUCACACUAUAUGAUACAUGUACACUCUAUAGUACAAUGUUUACACUCUAUACUACAUACACAACAACAAUUACACUCUAUACUACAUUUACACUCUACACUACAUCGUUUCAUCAUCUUAAGCUCUGGCCUGGUCCUUCCAGCCAGAUAUCAACCAGUGACCAGUGGAUCCAAUAAGAGCUCAGGAUGGUUACAUUACCUGGUCUAACACUAGUGUGUCUGUCUGGAGGGUUUUAAUACAUUACCAGGUCUAACACUAGUGGUUCUGUCUGGAGGGUUUUAAUACAUUACCAGGUCUAACACUAGUGUGUCUGUCUGGAGGGUUUUAAUACAUUACCUGGUCUAACACUAGUGUGUCUGUCUGGAGGGUUUUAAUACAUUACCUGGUCUAACACUAGUGGUUCUGUCUGGAGGGUUUUAAUAAAUUACCAGGUCUAACACUAGUGUGUCUGUCUGGAGGGUUUUAAUACAUUACCUGGUCUAACACUAGUGGUUCUGUCUGGAGGGUUUUAAUAAAUUACCAGGUCUAACACUAGUGUGUCUGUCUGGAGGGUUUUAAUACAUUACCAGGUCUAACACUAGUGUGUCUGUCUGGAGGGUUUUAAUACAUUACCAGGUCUAACACUAGUGUGUCUGUCUGGAGGGUUUUAAUACAUUACCAGGUCUAACACUAGUGUGUCUGUCUGGAGGGUUUUAAUACAUUACCAGGUCUAACACUAGUGUGUCUGUCUGGAGGGUUUUAAUACAUUACCAGGUCUAACAGUAGUGUGUCUGUCUGGAGGGUUUUAAUAAAUUACCAGGUCUAACACUAGUGUGUCUGUCUGGAGGGUUUUAAUACAUUACCUGGUCUAACACUAGUGUGUCUGUCUGGAGGGUUUUAAUACAUUACCAGGUCUAACAUUAGUGUGUCUGUCUGGAGGGUUUUAAUACAUUACCAGUUCUAACACUAGUGUGUCUGUCUGGAGGGUUUUAAUACAUUACCAGGUCUAACACUAGUGUGUCUGUCUGGAGGGUUUUAAUACAUUACCAGGUCUAACAGUGUGUUCUAGGUCAGAUCUCCAGAUAGUUAAUGUGUCUGUCUGUCUGUUCUAGGCCAGGUCUCGAGCAUGGAGCUCCCAUCAUGCAGUGCUUUACAAACAGACACUCUGCUUCUACCAAGACAGCAAAGACACACUGAGGGUGAGACGGGAUGGGACGCUAGUUCAGACAUAGGGGGUGCUUAUAUUUGUCGUCUUUCAUACAUGUAUCAGUGUUUUACCUGUGGGUGAUAACAUACAUGUAUCAGUGUGUUACCUGUGGGUGAUAACAUACAUGUAUCAGUGUGUUACCUGUGGGUGA